AUGCCCAGCGACAUCGAAGACGAUUACAUAUCUUGGAUCCAACAAUUUUGCGAGGUUUUCGGCCACGACUACUUUGUACAAGUAUCACAGGAUUUCAUUGAGGACGACUUUAAUCUAACUGGUUUGUCUCUGCAAGUACCCUUUUAUAGAGAAGCAUUAUACACGAUAUUAGACUAUCAGGUGGAGACAGCUGAAGACCAUACCAACACUAACAAUAACAAUACUAGUAGCAUAAGUACAAGUACGAAUAACAUCAACAACAAUAGCAAUAGCAACACUUCACGAGGGGCGAACAAUACAGGGACUGGAAACAACAACAACAGUAACAACAGUAACAAGAAGUCGUCCAAUAAUGCGCCUGAAUUACCUAAUAAAGCACUUUUAGCCCACCUGGCAGAACUAUUAUACGGACUAAUCCACGCGAGAUACAUUGUAUCCAAACCAGGGCUAACGGCAAUGGCAUCCAAAUUUGAAAAGAAUGAUUUUGGUUCAUGCCCAAGAUACUUUUGUGACGGGAUGCAUUUGAUACCCGUGGGGUCAACUGAUGUACCAGGUCAAGAAACUGUACGAUUGUAUUGCCCCUGUUGUAAUGACAUCUACAUACCUUCAAGCUCAAGAUACCUCAACAUUGAUGGGGCGUAUUUCGGAACCACGUUUCCUGGAUUGUUGGUGAAGAUGUUUCCUGAAAUUGAGAAUCAAUGUCGGAUAAGAAUAAAUAAAUUUAGUGCGAAUGAGUUUGGGUUGAAGUUGUUUGGAUUCAAGAUUAACGAGUUGAGUUCAACCGGUCCCAGAAUGAAGUGGUUGAGGCAACAUCCCAAAUCUGCUGAAGAUAAACAGGAAUAUGAAUAUUGUGAAUAUAGUGUGCCAAAAUUGAAAUUUGACGAUGAGGAAGAUGACGGAGAAGGAGAAGGAGAAGACGAUGCUAGCAUGGGUGAAGAAGAGGAAGUGGAAGAUGAAGACGACGAUGAUAAAACUAUGGCCAGCGAGUAG